GGACUUCCUAGAACGGAAAUGACGCGAAAAUAAGGGCUAAGUGCUGCUGAUGGCGUAUGAAAGUGUGCGUAUCAGUCGAUGGAGUGAUGACCAUGCACACAAGAGUAGUCUGGAGGCUGCGGCUGAAGCUGCAGCUAAAGUCAAUGCAAUGCUCAUCGCUAAGGGAAAACUGAAGCCCUCUCAACUGUCACAGCAACAGGGGCUCAAGCCUAAGAAUACCUCACAGCCAGGAAGCCUUAUUGUUGCUGAGGUGGAAAUCAAUGAUGUUCCUAUUGGCUGUAGAAAUAUGUUGACAAGAGGAGCCACACAAGAGGAGAUUUCUAAACUGAGUGGUUCUGCUGUCUCAACGAGAGGUCGAUAUUUGUCACCAGAAGAAAAGAUGAGGAAUAUGGGAGACAGACCUUUGUAUCUGUGUGUCCAAGGUGCCACCCAGGAAUCAGUAGACAUUGCUGUUGGUCGGAUAAACGAAAUCAUUCUGAAUGGUAUGAAGUCUAAAGGCUCUCGUUUUACUCCUAUCACACGACCUAUGACCCCAAUGCAUAGACCAAUGAUGAAUCAACCCCCUCCUCUCAUGUCAUUGGAGACCCAGCCCCCACCUGUUACUGCAGGGGUUCCUGUAGUACAAGAGAAGUUAUACAUAGGUUUAGAACAUGCACCUCCAAACUUUGAUGUCAAGAAUAAAAUUCUAGGGCCAAUGGGAUCCUAUUUGAAUCAUAUUCAGGCAGAGACUGGAGCGAAGGUAACAUUACGAGGAAAAGGAUCCGGGUUUCUGGAGCUUGUAUCUGGACGGGAGGCAUUUGAACCCAUGCACAUUCACAUCCAGCAUGGGCUGAUUUUUGGACUUCAAAAUGCCAAACAGCUGGCUGAAAACCUCAUCCAAACAGUACAGCAAGAUUAUGCCCAGUUCCAGCAAGCUUUGGUUGCUCUGCCACCAUCUCUCUCCCCUGCUACAGCAACAUUGUUAGCAGGUCUGCAGCAGAGUGCUCCGGCAGGGAUUCUGAGCCAGCCUGCUAUGGGUGCCCUGUCAGCAGUGACUCAAACCAUUCCUCUACAGCACCAACCAGGAUUUCCUCUGACUUCCAUGCCUGCCAUUAAUCAACCGGUGAUGACUAAUGUGGUAUUCUCCUCCAGUCCAGUCUUAACUUCAAAUAACCCAGUAGGUUCCACAAUUACUGGGCCCCAUCCUCAACAGGUUUUGGUACAGACACAGGUGCCUCCUCCUCCCCCUCAUGCUGUACCUCAUUUGGGACAUCCUCAUCUCAUUCAGACAAACCCUCCCCCUACCAGUAGCCCCCAGCCCAUGAUGACCACAGUACAACCAGAGUUAGUGCCAACCUCUGUCCCAUUGUGGGGGUCACCUUCCCCAGCAGGCAUACCAGCUCAGCAGAUCCUUCAACAGAUACCGAUGAGUGUUGGUCCCCCUGCCAAUAACUAUGGACCCCCCAUCUCUAGUGCCUACCAUCCCAUGUCGACUACACUGGGACCGGUAACCAGUGCCUAUGCUCCUCUCGUUAGUGUUCCCAUUGCCAGAGUUUCCUCCCCUGUUACCGUUACGUGUACAUCUAGUGGAUACAGCUAUGGAGGGCCCCUGAAGGAGGAGAGUAAAAGACGAUUUACAGAGGAAAAACCAGAUGAUAAAGUGCCGGAAAAUUUGCUGGGUUAUGAGCAUGGUCCACCACACCUGACAAAUCUGGUGGUGCAGGGACCUCCCCCUGUACAGUCUCAGUCCCCAUCCCAAGGACAACUGGUCCAGUCUCCCUCCCAGGGACAACAACUGGUCCAGGCACCUAUUACACAUGUCAUCCAGGCUCUACCCCCCACACAGAUCAUACAUGGUCCUCCUCCUUCACAGAUUGUCCAGGCACCACCUCCAGGGUUCCAGGCACCACCACCACAUCUCAUACAUGGGCCACCUCCUCCUGGGCAGUUUGCAGCACCCUAUCAUCUGGGGCCACCUCCUGUGGUUUCCGAGGGAGUUCCUGUCAUGUCACAGAGCACUCAGCCACCUCUGGGCUCUCCAGUCUAUUCUGUACAUACAUCUAUCUCAGAGGAGGGCAGGGUUACCCACACAUACACAGUGCAGUCAAGUAGUGGAGGAUUGGCCACACCCCCACAAGAAUUGUCUAGUGAUCCAGACAAAAAACUGAUGCCCCCGCCAGCUCUGCCAGCAGGUGUAAAGCGGCCAUCAUCGGACAAACUGACAGAAUCACCAGAAAGAAAGAGCAGGAAAGAUAGUGAUGAUGAGGAUGAGGAGGUGAAGUCAUCGCUGAGACAGCAGCACAAGGAAGCCAAAAAAUAUCAAUACAACCAGUACUCCAGCACCCCACAGCUGUAUGGACAACUCCCACCAGGAGAACAGAUGCCACAGUACAGAGGGGAUUCCUCUCCAGGACAGCAGUUUGAGCAGACGCAGCAGCCACCCCCACAGUUCUUACCCCCGGGACAAGUAGUGCCUCUCCCCCAGCCCACGGACACUCCACAAGGAUCAGAAAACCUUGCCCCACCUGGACUUCCACAACAGAUCAUUAUUCAGCAAUCCCCUCAAUUGACAGAUCAGCCCCCACCCCCUACCUACCAACAGCCAGUGUACUCUGCCCCUGGCUCCCAAACCCCACCCCCUCCACCUCCCUGGACCACAGAGCCACCCCCAGUGUCUGCUGCAAGUCCUGGACCGGCACAGCCAAUGCUUCCUCAGCAGAUCACAAUGAGUUCUCCACACCGAGUGAAUCCCCCAGAUCAGAGAUUAAUGUCAGAGGAACAUAGAAUAUAUGGUGAAGCAAUACCUCCACCCCCUCCAAACUUUCAGGCGGGACCACCCCCUCCUGGAUCCACUCCUCAAAUUAUUGUUCCCCCUCAUCUUCCCCCUCCAACACAGACAAUUAUGUCCAUUCCACAGUUCAAUGGACAACCUCCUCCUUUCCCUGGUCAGCCCCCUCCACCUGGGGGAUAUCAGUACCCCACAGGCCCCCCUCUUACCAUGUCUUACUGGUGAUUCCCUGUAUAGACGUCUCAGCUGGAUACAUGUUGGAUGACGAGUGAUGAAGAAUUGUUGAUAAAUCAGUGAGGGAGUCCAUUGUGUGCAAUUAUUUCAAUAAGUGCUUGAUACCAAGUUAGUUUGAUUCUACCAGAGUGAGAGUGAAUAUGUCAUUAUUCAGUAAUGAAUGAUAACCAAAAAUGUGUGAUUUGUAAAAUUGUUAAGUUUCUGUGAUUUGCUUUUAGUGGAUUUUUUUUAAUUUCAUAUUCGUAUGUCAUUAAAUGACAAAAAGAAA